GUCUUCUUUCUUCUGGGCACCUUCGGGCUCUUCUGCCUGACGUUCGACUUCAUCGUGGGGCCGGAUUUCUCCACCUGCACCUCCCGCCGCUUCCUCUUUGGUGUCCUCUUCGGCAUCUGCUUCUCCUGCCUGCUGGCGCACGCCGUGGCCCUCAACUUCUUGGCACGGAGGAACCGGGGCCCACGGGGCUGGGUGACUCUGGCGGUGGCCCUGCUCCUCACCUUGGUGGAGGUCAUCAUCAACGCCGAGUGGCUCAUCAUCACGGUGGCGCGGCAGGAGGGCGGCUCCCCGGACCCUUGCCGGCUGGAGGACACUGACUUCGUCAUGGCGCUCAUCUAUGUCAUGUUCCUCCUGGUGGCUGCCUUCUGCACCGCCUGGCCAGCCCUCUGUGGCCAUUACGGCCGCUGGCGCAAGCACAGCCCCUUCAUCCUGGCCACCACCGGCCUCUCCAUAGCCAUCUGGGUGGCAUGGACGGCCAUGUACCUCUACGGGAACCAGCACGCGGGUGAGAAGCCUGGCUGGGAUGACCCCACGCUGGCCAUCGCGCUGGUCUCCAACGCCUGUGCCUUCCUCCUCCUCUACGUCAUCCCCGAGGUGACGCACGUGACGCGGCUGAGCCCCGAGCAGGCCUUUGAGGACGACAUCUACCCCACGCGCGGGGUGGGCUACGAGACCAUCCUCAAGGAGCAGAAGUCGCAGAGCAUGUUUGUGGAGAACAAAGCCUUCUCCAUGGACGAGCCCUCCUUCGGUAGGCGCCGGCGCUCACUGGGGACCCUCUUGCCCCACAGUGGGGCUGGCGGCGGGUACCGGCACCGGGGCUGGCAGCGGCGAGCGGCGGCGAGACGUGAAGCCGCCGCGCCGGCCCCACUGCAGACACGGGCUGUGCUGUGCCGGCAGCAGCCCCCUGUUAUCCUCCCCCGACUCCCCGAGGGCCGGGAGCUGGGGGGCUGUCAGCCCCGGUGCGGUGUGUGCCAGACCUGGAUGGCGUGGAGCCUCGCGGCUGUGCCGCAUGGCGCGGGAUUGGUGUGGGUGCAGCAAUGGGGCUGCGGCAGCAUCCCUGGCAGUAGGGAUGGCAUCGCGGUCACCAUGAUCCAUCUGCCGGGGACAGGCGGGGACAUGGGCAGUGCCAGGCUGGGUGGUGACACAGAGGGGGGAACGUGGCUGCAGACUAAAGGCUCGCACAGCGUCCCUGAGCUGUGA